AUGUUGGCGGUGUUACCCAGGACCCUUGGGGAGCUCCAGCUCUACAGGAUCCUCCAGAGGGCCAACCUGCUGUCUUACUACGGGGCCUUCAUCCAGCAGGGUGGCGACGACGUGCAGCAGCUGUGUGAGGCGGCCGAGGAGGAGUUCCUAGAGAUCAUGGCCCUGGUGGGCAUGGCUAGCAAGCCCCUCCAUGUUAGGAGGCUCCAGAAGGUUCUUCGAGACUGGGUCACCAACCCGGCCCUGUUCAACCAGCCCCUGGCCUCUCUCCCUGUCUGCAGCAUCCCCGUCUACAAGCUGGAAGCUAACGGUAAUUCUAACGCUAGCGCCCACGUCACGGUGCCCACACUGCUGGUGGAGGAAUGUGUGGGGGAGCCCAUGAGGGGUGCGGCGGCGUCAGGGGUGGGGGGCGAGGGACGAGGAUGUUCGGCCUCUGGGUCUCCAGUGCAGAGUGGCAGCGAACCUCGUUUCUGGGGCUCCUUGUCCUCUAAUGGUGGCGGGGGAGCGGAGAGCGAGCAAAGCCUGUCCCCUGCAGAGUUGACCCUGGGUCUGGGUUCUCCCUCGCCAUCGUCCCCCCGCGGCGAGGAGGUACUAGAUGCCGCAGCGUUGAGGUCGCUGGCAGAGUGCGUGGAGCGGCUGGCCCAGGCGCUGCCCCGGAGCGACCCGUCCGAGGUGAAGGAGGGGCUCCGGGGCAACAAGAAGCUGUCCAAGGUGAUCUGCCACAUCCUGGACAUGGAGGAGGAGGACCCGAGGAGGGCAGAAGAGAUACGCAAGUACAGCGCCAUCUAUGGACGCUUUGACUCCAAGAGGAAGGACGGCAAGCACUUCACGCUUCACGAGCUGACAGUGAAUGAGGCAGCAGCUCAGUUGUGUAUGAAGGAGGUGUCCCUGCUGACCAGGAGAGAGGAGUUGUUUGGUCUGGCUAGACAGGUCUCUCGGGAGGUCACCUACAAGUACACCUACAGGACUAGCAAGUCUCGAUGUUGUGACAGAGAUGAUCCUUCUCCCAAGAUGAUCAAAACAGAGGAGGGCUACUUCGACCUCCAGGAAGCCCUGCAGGCCAUCCACAUGAGAAGGGAGGCCCUGAGAGAGCAGCUGGCCACAGCCACCUCUAAAGGAGAGGAGACUAUGGGGCGCAGCAUCCAGCUGCAGCUGGAGCGUCUGCUGGCCAGACAGAUAGAGAUCCAUCACGAAGCCCAGGCCCAGGACAGACUGCAGGCCCUGGAAUGGAAGGUCCCUCUGGGGGCCUUCAGGUUGAGACACAACACUAACCCAGAGCACCGUCACCAUGUCAACGGAGUCUCCACUGACAGCACCAGUCUACCACCAGGGGAGAGGCCACUGAACCUGCAGGUGGCGGGUCAAAGGUCGAAUGGAGACACACCCCUGGGGAAACAACUAGCCAAUGAGCUGAAGAGGCAUCACGGCAACAGGGAGGGAAAGACCCCGCCGACAAGUCACCAUGGCAAUGUCAACUGCAAAACUCUGACCAUAGAAAAUGGGAACGGGACUGACUUCGAAGGGGCUCUCAGCCUUUCUGACAAGAAGACCAUCAAAUCAUAG